AGUAUUCUCCACGCUCGUUCUCCUUUCCUCUCUCGUUUGUAUUUUUUCAAUAUGAAGUUAAACAUUUCUUAUCCUGCACAUGGAACACAAAAAGCCUUUGAAUGUAACGAUGAUAAAAAACUUGCAAUUUUUAACGAAAAACGAAUCUCUCAAGAAGUGUACGGUGAAGCAAUUAACCCCGAAUGGAAAGGAUACAUUUUUCGGAUAUCUGGAGGCAACGAUAAGCAAGGAUUUCCUCUUUUACAGGGCGUUUUAACGAAUCAGAGGGUAAAAUUAUUAAUGAAGAAAGGAAGUAAAUGUUACAGGGAGAGACGUUCUGGCCAAAGGAAGAAAAAGUCUGUUCGUGGUUGCAUCCUCGACGUCAAUCAGUUGUCCUGCGUUAACCUCGUCAUCAUAAAGGAAGGUGAUAAACCUAUUGAACCACUUGACGAGCACAAACCUAAAAGGCUUGGGCCCAAGCGAGCCUCUAAGAUCCGCAAAAUGUUCAAUUUAGAUAAAUCUGAGGAUGUGAGGCGGUACGUUGUUAAGCGUAAAGUUGAGAAGAACGGAAAAGUUCGCUACAAGUCACCAAAAAUCCAACGUCUUGUGACGCCGUUGACUUUACAGCGUAAGCGAGCCAGACGAGCUUUUAAACUUAAACGACGGAUCGCUUCUGCUGCGAAGAAGGCCGCUUACGAGGAACUUCUUCAUAAGCGAAGACUUGAAGCUCGUUCUCUAAAGCAAGAAUAA